UGCAUAUAGGUGGACGGGUAUAUAAAUGUAAGAAUUGUGUCUCUCAUCACAACACGUAAUUUGAUAACCUUCACUUGCCAUAGUUCUCUCCAACUCUCGCUCUUCUUUAUAGACCAUUCUUGGUUGAUUCUCAUGGAUCCACCAUUCAACGAUAUGUACAAUACCCUGUUCUAUAAACAGAUCACAAACACAGAAAGCAAUGUCCUCGAAGUGCCCUUUAGCUUCUCUGUCACGGCUGUCGUCGAAGAGGUGGAGCUUCCAGUUAUUGACGUCAGUCUUCUGAUGGAUGGAGCCAAGAAUGAGAGGGAGAAAUGUAAGGAAGAGAUUGCUAGAGCUUCGAGGGAGUGGGGAUUUUUCCAAGUGAUAAACCAUGGAAUAUCAAUGGAUGUGUUGGAGAAGAUGAGACAAGAACAAAUUAGGGUUUUUAGAGAACCCUUUGACAAGAAAAGCACGUCUGAUACGUUCUCCGCCGGGAGUUACCGGUGGGGAACGCCGUCAGCCACUUGUCUCCAACAACUUUCAUGGUCGGAAGCAUUUCAUGUUCCCAUGACAGAUAUUUCUGACAAGGACUUCACUUCCCUCAGCUCAGCAAUGGAAAGAUUUACUUCGGAAUCGGAGGCUCUAGCACAUACGUUGGCAGAGGUUCUUGCAGAAAAAUUAGAACGAAAAUCAAAUUUCUUCAAAGAAAACUGCGUGAGAAACACAUGUUAUGUGAGGAUGAACCGUUAUCCACCAUGUCCGAAACCAUCUGAGGUGUACGGUUUAAUGCCACACACGGACAGUGAUUUCCUCACAAUCUUGUACCAAGACCAAGUCGGUGGACUUCAACUCAUCAAAGACAAUAGAUGGGUCGCCGUUAAACCCAACCCUCGUGCUCUCAUUAUCAACAUUGGUGACUUAUUUCAGGCAUGGAGCAAUGGCAUGUACAAAAGUGUGGAACAUCGUGUGAUGACGAAUCCAACGAUGGAAAGAUUCUCAACGGCGUAUUUUCUAUGUCCAUCAUACGACGCUGUUAUAGAAUGUUCCGGGGAUUGUCCUUCUUAUAGAAAUUUCAGCUUCAGAGAAUUCAGACAACAAGUUCAAGAUGAUGUUAAGAAGCUUGGUUAUAAAGUGGGCCUCCCUAGGUUCAGUAAUCAUCUAUACUAAUUUAUAUACCCAGUUUUUAAUUUGUUUUUAGGUUUUAUAAUUUAUUUAAUUGUAUUGUUUUUAUUUGUUCAAUAUAUAUUUUCCGUUGAUUUUUCUUGAUAAAUAUUGUAUUCUAGAUGCUUCCUCUGUUUUAUUAAAUGUCCUUUAAUGUUUUUGCAUCCGAAUUAAGAAAAUAAUUAAAUUUUAUAAUGUAUCCCUAUCUGCCCGCUCUCUCUCUCUUCUUCUAGAGAGAGAGAAUUCUCUCUUCAUCCCUUCUUAACACUUUCAUAUCUUUCUAUAAUCUGAGUAAUCUCAAAGCUAUAAUCUGAAGGUGUUAGAUGCUCCAGUCUACGACGGCGGUUAAUGGCGAAAGGAAAUUCCGGUGAAACUUGAUAAAUCCGGCGACGGGGACUGUACAGAAGCGGUGCCGUUGUGUCAGAAUAUCCAUCCUCGUAAAGCAACGUGUGAGACGCGUGUCACGAAAUUCGGAAGAGAAGGAACGCGUGGAAGAUCAACCAAUAACUUUCUAGGUUGAUUAGUGGUCUAAUUUUAAGUUGUAAUCGGGUUUGAGUUUGGAUUUAUUUUAAGUUUCUCAAUGUACUAGCCCAUUGGACUUUUCCACUAAUGGAAAUAGUUGACAAAAAAAAAAAUCCCUAUCUAAUACAUUAUUUUGUUUGAUUUUUGUUAAUUAAUAAGCUAAAAAUAAAGGUAAGAACUAGAAAAAAAAUUAAUAUUUGAUUUUAAAAUAACACUUAUAAAAAUGACAAAAUGGAGGGAGUAACUGAUUAUCUUAAUUCGAUCAAAAGAAAUUAGAAAACCAAUCAUUAAGUUAAACCGGCCUAAUCUUUAUUCGGUUUGAUUGUAAAUUGAAGUAAAAGAUAGGAAACUGAAAUUUAUUAACCCAAUAAAAUCAAAGUACUAUUGUAUGUAAUAAACUCAAAUCCGAUUCAAGAAAAUGUUUAUGCGUUUCAAAUCUAUAAUAACCGGAAUCGAAAUUCUGAUUAAUGUGCUUGGUUAAGGUUUGACCAACUUGAGUCUCGCCGGAAAAAAAAUAAAGUUUAGGAGAAGAUAAUAUGCGAAGGGUCACGAAAAAAAUAGCUAUUAUUAUAAAAUAAAAGAAAUAAAAAAUAUAGAAAUGGCUUUUCUCUCGGCGGUGAAGUUGCAGGGACGUCCACCAUCGAUCUCGUCCAAUCUCAACCCAAAUCCCAAGCGUGUAGGUUCGGAUUCCGUUUCCUUAGACGUCUCCAUACCUGACUCCGAACGAAAGCCUCGGAAAUUCAGCUCAAAGCUAAGUCGCUGGAACAGAGCACGAACCUUACGCUCCGGCGUGAAGGUGGACCGUACGAUUAAUAAUGAGUCAAACAGUACGACCGGUCCGAUCGUGAAUAUCCCUGAUAUUUCAACGGUGGAAAGUGACGUGUCGUCAAUUAACAGUGAUCACGAGACGGAUUUCACGGCGGCGAAGUCGAUUUACAUAGUCUCUGACGGAACUGGAUGGACGGCAGAACACGCCGUUAACGCUGCUUUGGGCCAGUUCGAUUAUUGCUUGGUCGAUCGUGGCUGUCCCGUUAAUACCCAUCUCUUCUCAGGGAUCUAGGAUAGAGAGACGUUAAUGGAGAUCAUAAAGCAAGCUGCAAUCGAAGGAGCAAUGGUAAUGUACACUUUAGCUGAUCCGUCAAUGGCGGAAGCAGCCAUGAGAGCAUGCAAGCUAUGGAGCAUCUCUUCACUAGACAUCCUAGGACCAAUCACAGACGCAAUCUCCUCUCAUUUAGGAGCCAACCCUUCCGGUCUUUCGCGUGGCGUCUCAAACUCAUCUCUCAACGAAGACUACUUCAAAAGAAUCGAAGCAAUCGAAUUCACAAUCAAACACGAUGACGGUGCCUUGCCAGAGAAUCUUGAAAAGGCAGACAUUGUUCUUGUAGGUGUCUCCAGGACAGGGAAGACACCGCUCUCUACUUACUUGGCUCAAAAGGGUUACAAAGUCUCUAACGUACCGAUCGUGAACGGUGUGGAUCUUCCCAGGACUCUUUUCGAGGUUGAUUCGAGAAAGGUUUUUGGUCUGAUGAUUAACCCGGUCGUGUUGCAAGGGAUAAGAGAGGCUAGAGCCAAGAGUCUUGGUCUUGGUUCUGGUUUUGAGAUUAAGUACUCUGAGUUGAGAUCUGUUAGGGAGGAGCUUGAGCAUGCUAAGAGAAUCUUUGCAGAGAAUCCGAGUUGGCCAGUGAUCGAAGUAACAGAGAGAGCAAUAGAGGAAACUGCUGCAGUGGUUUUGAGGCUUUACGACGAGAGACAAAGCAAUCGAGCGAUGCCUCGCAUCUCUAAAUGCUACUAAACAUUGGAUGAGGAAUUUGAAUUAGUGUGGUAGAAAAUAUAGUCUAUACUUUAUAAACCCCACUAGUCCAUAUUAUUGGGCUCAAGCUAAGUCCAUAGAAAUAUAUCCAAGUUUAAGAGAAUUGAGUAUUUUUCUUUCACAAACUA